AUGUUUAGAUUUGAAUAUUUACAUCUAUGUAAGAGUAUAAGUAUGGGAUUUGUGAAAAGAUACUUUCUUAAAAAGAUAAACCAGAGCUUAGCCGGAAAGACAGAGCCUAUUCGCAGCGAUAAAAUAUCGUUCGAUAUCAUCAAGGGUAUUUUUGUUAUAGAAGAUGUGAGCGUGAAUUUAGCAUUUAUUAGCACUCUGCUGGGCAUAGACGUAAAAACAUUUAAAAUAGGCGAGAUAAUUUUUAGAAGUAAUUGGCACAGCACCGACCUAUUUACCGAAAUAGAAGUAGAAAAAGUGACAGUCGAGCUGGACGGGAAUGCCUGCAUGUGCAAAAGCUCAGGAAGGUGCUUCCCCUGCAGAAAAAGAACAGAAGAUGUAGAGAGAGUGUCUAGGAGCAUGGCUUUUAUAAAGUAUGUGCUGGGUAAGGCAUUUGGAAGACUCUCGUCAAGAAUAAAGCUGCGAGUUAAAGAGGUUGAUUUUUCAGUGCAGCUAGAGAGCACACUGGCAGUUGUUUUGAAGAAGCUGAAAAUAGCGAAAGAUGAAGAGGUGUACAAAAUGAGCAUAGAAAACAAAGAUAUUUCCAUUCCGGGUGUGAGCGCAGGGAGUUUUAAAAUAUGUGUAGAUCUCUUAUCAAAAACAAAGAAGUGCAGAGUAGACAUGCACCAGAUAGAAGUAGAUCUGGCCAGAAUACAGACUGCAGAGAUAUUGGAGCUGGUCAAAACAGUUAAGUAUCUAGCAGGAGUGGAAACAAAGCAGCUAGAGCAAAAACACGCUGCAGGUGAAAAAGAAAAGAAAGACAGAAAAACAGAAAAUAAUUAUGACAGCGCAGAGCACGAAACGUACGAAGACGAACAGAGUAUAGGAGCAAUUUCAGCAGGUUCUAAAAACACAGAAAGAGCGAGCAGUCCGCUGACCGAUGUAAGUGUUGAUGCAUCUUUCAAACUUCUUGGUGUAGAUGGCUUAGAAGACUGUUCCUUCCAAGUAAAAAAGAUGAAGAUGCAGGUCUAUGAGAGCGAGAUAAGAGGGACAGUAAGCGCAUACUUGAAUGAAAAUAAAAAAGAAGUUCUGGCGGUUGAAGAGGCUGAUUUUGUCAUAUACGACAAAGACGGAAAUAAAGAGGCACAGUCUAGCAAAGAGAUAGAGCAUACUCAGAAGGUGUACAAACUAGAGAUCAAAAACAUAGUGGGAAACAUUCAGUCGGAAAUCCUUCCUGGUGUUUUCAGAGCAUACGAAAGAAUUGGGUGUAUAGCUAGAGACUUAAAUGGUAAAAGUUCAGGAGAAGAGAAAAAAAGAAAAAGCAAAAAUCCAUCUGCCAGCCCAGACAUUUUUAUUACUGUAGAACAAAGCCACAUUAAAGCAGGAAUCCUAUGUGCAUACACCUAUCUAGAUGUUCAGAAAACAGAAGUGCAAUGUGUAAAAGAUGAGGUAACAUUUUCUAGUUCAAUGAAGUGCAUGCUGAAUAACACCACCCUAAGCGAUGAAAUGGCAACAUCAACAGCAGAGUUUGGCAUCUCGGCAAAGUACUCUGAUAAGCUAGAAGUGGAUCUGCUAAAGAUAGCCGCACUGGAAGAAUCAGUUCCAAAUCUAGCAAUUAUGCUAUAUUUAUUGGCAAAUCAGGUUCAAGAGUGCAUGCUAGUAAAUAGGAGCAUGCUAUAUCCUUCUAUGGGCACAGAAAAAACAGAAAGUGCUGCAAACUCGCAGAAAAAAGAGCUGCCUGUCUAUAUAAAAAAAUGUUUGAUCUCUGGCCUAUUUGGAAAUAAACCGUGCGCUCUUUCUGUUUCUGAUGUUGCAGUAAAUGGCGGGUCCGUGGUUAUAGAUCGAAUGGAGCUGAUGUGCGACAAAGAGAAGCUUGCAACUUCUACACUUGCACACAUCAUCGUUAGGAACAACAUAGAGAUAUCAUUCUCAAAUUCAGAAGUAGCCAUCCCGAGUGAUGAUGAGUUUGUUCUUUCUAUAUUCAGAGACUCACGAACAAUACACAUGGCCCUGAAAGAAGCUGCCCGAAAAAAGAUAGCAACAAAGAGCAUAGAAAGCGAUAAAAGCAGCAAAGAAAGUAAGAAUGAAGAAGCAGAGACAGCAGAAGUUUCAAAUAAGGAGCCGGAAAUUGGAGCAAGUAGCGAUGGUAUAAUUAAAAUAUCGCUUGACAAAGCCAGUGCCAGCAUGAAGGGCCCAGGAAUUGAUCUAAUACUGAAAGUAAACGGCCUGUGCAUGGAGAUAUCAGACUCUUCUUUCCAGCUUACGUCAUUGAAUGCCGCAAUACACAAUGGAAGUGAAGUGCUGGAAGUGGUCUCGCAUGAGCUUAUUUACAGGUUUAUAGACAGCUCCCUAAUAGGCAAUUUUACAGGAAAUGGGUUUAUGGAUGUCAACUUGCACGUGUUUUCAGUGAAUAGAGUAUUCUUUAUUCUCCACUGCUACACUAUUCUGACAGACCUUCCAUGCAUAGGGGUGCCUUCAGUGCCAGGCUUAUCGCACUUGGAGAAUUCUAGAAGUGAUGUACAAGAAACUCCUAAAAAUGAAAGCGAAAUGAGCAUCAAAAUAGACAUAGAGGCCAGCAUAUAUCUAACAAAACAGAACACAAUACUCUGCAAACUAUCAAGCAAUGUCAAUCUAAGUAUGCUCAAGGGAUUGCUCUACCAUGGGACAGUGUCUGUCAUGAACCCAAAAGUGUGGUCAGACGGUCUGCUCAUAUGCCACUCGUCAGAGGUGGUGGUGGAGUUUAGAAAAGUGUCGCAUCUUCUCAAAUCUUUCAACAUUCUGAUAGACAGAGUGGAUGUGCAAGAUACAAUAGGAGUGUUUCUCGACAUAUUCGGACAGCUAACCAAGGUAAACUACAAUAACAAUUCGCCAUCUGUAGGAACGGCAAUUGACAUAAAGUGCAAGAUAUCAACGAUCAACAUGAAGUCAGAAAACACAGACGUUAUUCUGACAAACUUCGCACUGAUCAAUUCUUACAUGCAGGUAGGAUUUAUGCUGAAAAUAUCUGAUAAAAAAAUAUUCGAAAUACCGCAGAAGAUCACCGUAAGAACAACAGCCACCGAAAUGCCAGAGAUGCACAUUGACAUAGAGACGAUAGAAACCACCCUGAUAGGCCGGCCUGAGAUAGAGGGGCUCUUUAGUCUGCAGAACAGGCUUGGCCAGACAAGAGUCCAAAAGUAUCCCAUAAAAGGAAAUAGUCUUUUAAGUAUAAAAUGUCCAUCGAUAUCUGUAAAAACAAAACACCCUCCUGUGAAGGCUGAGUUGCUGCAGCUCUCAAUCACAGCUGUUCAGCUAAUAGCCAGCCCCUCAGUAAACUUUGAAGGAUCCGCCCUUUGCCGAAUGUUUGUGAAGGUUAGAGAGACAAAACAGUACGAAAUAAUGACAGAAACAUUUCCCAUUGACAUCACCAUGCAAUCAUCAAUGCCCCUGCAAAAAGACAAAGCAGGAUUCUGCAGUCUACCUUUCAGCGAUGCAGAAGACGAGUCGCUGCUAGUUGUCUUUCUUUCUUUCAUCGUGAAGGAUACGAUACGGCUCAGACUCAGCAAAAAAAUCAUAGAAGCAUUCAAACUCUCAGAGAAAAGCAUAGAUUUGACAAAUCUCACGAACAAGCCGAUUUUGGUGGAUGGCAAUGUCUUAGACUCAAUGUGCAGCUCGCACGUACGAGACGACACAUUCACAGUGCACAGCGAAGAUAGACAGGCCAUAUUCGAUCAGUAUGUUCCAAAUACAAAGAAAGCAGUGCAGGUAUCGAGAAACAUAUUCCUGGCUACUUUCAAAGAGAAGUCAGCUGUUAUCAGAGGAGCCACCAAUUUCAAAAAUAUAACGGACACAACGAUAGCCAUACACAUUGAUAAGGAAAAGAUCUUUCUGCCCCUGUUCUCCGAAUGUGCGCAUACAACAAUACUGACGGGAUUCAGCGUGAACAUAGAAAAUGACCCAAGGUCGUUCUGCAAUGUCUCUUUUGAAGUGCCGAGUAAGGCGACAAAUGAGCCUAUUUCCAUAAUAGGCAUGAGGAGGAUAGAGCACAACGACUCGUACAUUACUGUGGUGUGUCUUUUUGAGAUAGUGUCAAACAUUCCAAUCCUCCACUACCUGUUCCAUCACGACUUUGUGAUCAACAAUCUCAUGCUCACUUCUCUCAACUUCGAGAUAAAAAUCAGCACAAAGUCCAAAGUGGAAAAAAUAGUCGGCGUAGCGCAGUCCUGCGAGAUAAAGCAGAUGUCAGGGAACAUCCAGGCAGAGAAAACAAAGAAAAUCAGACUGAGAAUCAACGCAGGCGUUGACCUGGUGCUGUUCCCCGAUGAGAUGGCAUCAAAAGUCACCGUAUCAAAAGGCGUAGUGGCCGUUAAAGAGCCAAAAACAGUGCUGAUUGGCGGAUUUCCUGUGGAUGUAGGAAUCACACAGGUGACAAUAUAUCCCAUACUCAUCGCGAUCAACAAAACACACGACGAGCUGUACAUCAAAUCAGGAAGUACAGUGUGCGAGAUAGCACACAACCAGCAAACUACUCUCCCAACAUCCAGGGACAGACACUGCCUGAUCUUCUACAAAGUUGAAAGCAACACAUUCAGCUCAAAGAUCCAGUACAACACAAUGUUUCUGGACAUCAAGUCAGAAUUCCAAAGAAACUACCUCGUAAAUAUAUACCAGGGCGAAGGCUCCAAAGAAAAAAUAAAAUACAUCGUGGUGGAGUACGCAAAUGUGAUCGAAAACAGAACAGGACUUGAUCUAACGAUAAUAACAGAUAGAGAAUUCACAUGCGGAAGUGGAGAGCUCGUUCCUCUGCACUUCCCAAGGAAGAAGAUCAGCACAUGGAUAAAAAUGGGGUCUCCUGCCAUAGACUCAGAGCUGGCGCACACGUCAAACUCAUCGGAAAUAUCAGACUACAUACUGGAUCUGGAAGGAUCACCAGAUGCGAGCUAUCUUCCGCUAGACGGUCUGAAGAAACAUUUUGUAAAGCUGAACACCAGCGUAGAAAAUGUGUCAAUACACGGAAUGACUUCUUCUCUUGUCAAAAGUAAGAGCGGUUUGCUCUCCUCUACCUCCCAGGCGGAGUCGAGUGAUACGCUCUCCGAAGACGAUGGAAAAGAAGAAGAAAGUGAAAAGCUGCAGAAGUACAUAAACAACUCCAUACUGCUCUCUGUGACCAUACAGACACAAAACUCGCAAAGACAGAUAAUCAUUGAAAAAGAGUCUAAGUGGCCGUACCUUAUCAAAAAUAUGACGCAGAGCGAAAUGACGUUUUCCCAAAAAGGACAUUCGCUGGAGUAUAUUCUCAAACCAGGCGAAAUACUUCCGUACUACUGGGACAGCUUCAAGGCACAGGCUGCCUUCUGCAUCACAGUUGACAGCGUAGAAAUUCUCGUGGAAAACUUUGCAGUAACCACGGUUGGAGAAUACAAAGCCACCCUGACCUCUGAGAGAAGCAGAAAAGUUCUUGUGGUCAGCAAGAUGACACACGAAGUGCGAGCAGAUACUUCUGACAUCCAGGGAACGCUCAUCCGCGCGCGAACAGGCAGAGUGUCGAUCAGCUUGCUCGAUCGGGAAGAGAUUGAGUUUUCUGCUCUGCAUUUGUUCAAUGUCCACCUUAUCUCCAUGCUCUCUCCCAACGGCCUUGAGUUUAUGCUUAAAACAGAUAGCUUCCAAAUGGACAACCAAGAAAUAAAAGGAUACUACCACAUUCCAGUGCACACGCCCAUCCCCUCCGAUGUGCUAAGCAUAUCUGGGUGGAUAGUAAACAGGAGUAUGAUCCGGUAUCUGAGCAUAGUCAUGCUUCCUGUUGUCCUGGAAAUAGAAGAGGUGUACAUGAAAAAAGUGAUCCAACACUUUGUCUCCCUGGGUGAGCCAAUUGAAAACCCAAAGUACUUCAUUAUGUGCAGCACGUGUCUUACCAGCAGAUGCAAGUGCACGUACACAAAGCCCAUCCCUGACACAUCAGCGUAUCUAUCAAUUGGCUAUCUCAAGAUAGAAGCCGUUAAAUUCAAGUGCUCCUUCAGAAGAGCAUCGCGUGACUCCAUUGUUCCCCUGUCAUCUGUUUUCUGCAACAUCACCAGCAGCAAAGUGUCACUCCCCAGCGUAGAGCUCUUUGACAUACACUCUAGGACCCUGGGAAUAUGCCAGAUAAUUGGAAGAAUGUACAAACGAGGACUAAUCAGAAAUAUUGUGUCUCUUGUGCUUUCUGCUGACAUAGUGGCCAGCCCAGGGGAGCUAUUUGAUAAGCUAGGUGUAGGUGUUCAUGACCUGAUAUACGCACCGUACCGAGCCAUGGAUAAUCCAGCGCUGCUCUCUAAACAGCUUCUGAUAGGAGGCAAGAGUCUAGCUAAGAACGUAGUUACAGGGCUAGCUGGCUUUGUGGGGAAUGUCAUGGGGAAGUUCUCGCAGAAGCUAGCAGAUAUCUCCAUGGAUGAAAACUUUGCAGAAGCCAUCAGAGAAACCAGCUGCAUCUACAUUGAUGAGCUCGAUCUGGGUCUCCCUGUAUCAAAGACGCAUCUCUCAAAGGCAGGCGAAAAGUUCAUGGGAUCAGUCAUCAGCGGAUUUAAGGGUGUGGUGCACAGCCCCAUGCAGGGCAGAAGAUCCAAUGGAAUCAGCGGAAUGAUGCAGGGGAUAGGCAAAGGCCUAGUUGGUGCGAUAUUUAAGCCUAUAUCCGGGGCUGUGGGCCUUAUGCAGGGCCUCUCCACGAGUAUCACUGGUGUCCUGGGAUCUGACAAACCGCUGCUCAGGAUCCAACUGCCAAGAGCUCCGCCUCUAGAUGGCGUUCCGUGCGAGUAUGAAGUUGAAAGAAAUGCGUACUACAGAGCGUAUACUGUCUUGGCUAGGGGUGAUGCGAAAAAAGAGGAAGUGUUUUUAACAGGAGGUAUCUGCACUAAAAAAUACAUUGGCUGGUACAUUUUAAUCACAAGUGCUCGGGUUAUAUUCUACAACAAAGAAGAAAUUCAGGAGAUACCAGGCGUGUCCAUAGCGCAGCAGUCGGAAAAGAAUACGCUGCUGAGCGUGGGGUCGGUAGAAAUAUACCUAGAGGGGCUGAGAGUGUACAGAGAGCUAGAGAAGUACAGUGCGCUAAUGGUUCUGAAAAAAGAUCAAGCAGAGAGCUAA